AUGGAGAACAAAAUCAUUGGAGUGAGCGAUUUUGAAACUGUAUGUAGAAUUUGUUUGGGUAAAAAAGAAAAUAUGAUUUCAUUGUUUGAAACAGCAUUACUUUCAAAUUUAUUAAAAACAUACAGAGAAAUAUUAGAAGAAUGUGCAUCAGUACACACUCAUGGAGGGAAACGUUUUCUGUGUACUCUUUGUGGGAAAUCAUUUACAGCCAAAACGAGUUACAUUAUUCAUUUACGAAUUCAUACAGGAGAAAAACCAUAUCAUUGUAUCCAAUGUGAUGCAAAAUUCAGUGUCAAAGCUAAUUUACAAAGACAUUCUACAAAGCAUUCAGAAGAAAGAAAAUUUGAAUGUGAUGUUUGUAAAAAUAAAUUUAAAAAUAAAGAUCAGUUACAACAUCAUAAGCGUAAUCAACAUAUAGAUGGUAAAAAAUAUUCUUGUGAUAUUUGUAACAAACAAUUUAAGAGAAUGGACAAUUUACGAGACCAUAAAAAAAUUCAUACAGGUGAAAAAAAUUUUAUUUGUACGUACUGUGAUAGAGCAUUUAUGAAAUCGAGUAACUUAAAAAGACAUUUACGAACUCAUACUGGAGACAAACCAUGUAUCUGUAGUCAUUGUGGGAAAGCAUUCGGUGACAAUUGUGUACUUAAACGUCAUAUGAAAACGCAUUGUAAAUUUUCUCGAAUGGUAGUAUUUUCAUAA